CGUUGUAUGGUGCCACUUAUUAUAACACAGGUGGCGUUGGUUCAACUAAUAGGAGGAGAAGAACUUAAGAGCGAAACUAGUUAUUUCCGCUAUUGUUUUUUUUUUUUUUUUUAAUCGUAGAACUGUCUUUUUCGUAAUAUGGCUGGUUUGAUAAGUCGCGUUGCUGAAUGUUCGAUCUCGGAGGCAUCGAUGGCAGAUCUUUUCUGUUGUACAAUUUGUUUUAAUCAGUUCGACGAAGCUGAAUAUUUACCAAAAUUACUCUCUUGUCAUCACACUUUCUGUCGGAAAUGUCUCUCCAUAUUUUACGAACAAAAUCAGAAUACGUUGGUAUGUCCAGUUUGUUCUGCAGAAUGCAAAAUUGGAAGGAAAGGAAUUGAUGGUUUAAGCACAAAUUAUUACCUUUACAAGUUUACAGACCUGCUGAACAAUUUGAAACUUGACCAAAGAGAUCCAUCAUCAUCAUCAGACCAAUCUAGUCCAGAAACUUGUCAAAAACAUGGUAAUACUGUAAAAUAUUUUUGGUGUGUAACAUGCAGUCAGAAGGUUUGUAUUCAUUGUUUGGGUGUUGAUCAUAAUGUGGCUAAAGGUCACGUUGUAAAAGAUUUAAUUGAAGCCAUAAAAAGUAUUCAAAAUGACGUGUUAAUUAGUAUGAGAGGUGUUAAAUUGAAAAUUUCCAGAAUUCAAGAAUUACAGUUCCAGUCAGAAAUGACAGACAAAAAUAUGGAAACUGCAGUAGCUACUUUACAUGGCAUGUAUAAAACACCUUUUAAAUGUUUUCAAGAUAUUUUUACUGAAUCGCGUAAUCCGGAAAAAAUAUUGGCUUCGGUUAAUGAGUUUUGCUUGUCUGAAAAAUUUAAAUAUAAUCCAGAAUCAUUGGUAACAAUGAAGCAUCACUUGGAAGAAGUUCUGACAUAUUAUUGUAGCAUAGAAGAAUUUCUUGAACAAAAGUUAGAAGAAAUGAAAAUACUUCAGAAAAGUAAAAUAUUUGUUUCGGUUGUCAGACCAGAAACUAAAUUUGAUUAUGGAAGAAUUUAUUGUAUAAGAUGUGGUGAACUUUGCUGUCAGCCUGUAACUAUGAAUAUAGAAACUGGCAGUUCUAAAGAGACAUGCACUAAAAAUUUCUGUAACAAUUGUAAUAUCAUUGUACUAGAAUUUCCUUAAUAUACCCAUCCAUAUGUCAUCAUACAAUCAAAUAUUGGAUUUAUAAUAUGAAUAAAUUAUUUUACUGAUAUUACAUAUAUAAUAUAAUAAAAAUAAAAUUCCAAUUAUAAAUACAUAUACUUAUUUUA